UUCCGCCUGGCCGGGUCCACCGGGGAGCUCCUGACGCCGUCCCCUGGGCUGGAGGAGCCGGCCAGGCCACCACCGCCCGAGGGCCAGGAGGAAGAAGACACUCUGCAGCAACAGCAGCAGGGCCAGAGUUGAGUAUGAGCGGGCUGGUGGGCACAGACUGUGGCCCGAGGAGGAUGUGGACUGGUGUGAAAGCAUGACAUGGCCUUUGAGUGUACAGCAAUAAAAGUUGCCCUGCUUGGUGGGGCUGCAUCGCCUCCCCAGCAUCUCAGGCUGCCAGCAACGGGCAGGCGAGAGCCCCCAGGAUUUACAAGCUCUUCUGGCGCUUUCUUCCUAGGGAUGGUCACAAACCUUCAGCCUUUCCCUCUAAGCUAAGUUUGAAAAUUUAACCAAAAAAAGGGCAGGUGGAGGGGGAGAGUGAGUUGCGCGCAUGCGCAGAGUUUGCUCCCGGUCUUCUUUUGGCGCCGCGGGGCAGUGAGACACCACGAGAAAUUUCCCGGCGGCGCGGUACAUGCGCGCCACUUCCGGUCGGGCUCCUAACAACGGGGGAGGCUGGUAACCAAGGUGGGGGGGAUGGCGGAGCGGGCGCCGGAGCCCGAGGCGGAGGCGGAGGCUGAGGCGGGCGCAGGCGGGGAGGCUGCGGCCGAGGAGGGAGCGGCGGGCCGCAAGGCGCGGGGUCGGCCGCGGCUCACGGAGUCUGACCGGGCCCGGCGGCGGCUCGAGUCCCGGAAGAAGUACGACGUGCGGCGCGUGUACCUGGGCGAGGCACACGGGCCCUGGGUGGACCUGCGGCGCCGCAGCGGCUGGAGCGACGCCAAGCUCGCCGCCUACCUCAUCUCGCUGGAGCGCGGCCAGCGUAGCGGCCGCCACGGGAAGCCUUGGGAGCAAGUCCCCAAAAAGCCAAAGCGGAAGAAAAGGCGGCGGCGUAACGUGAACUGCCUGAAGAACGUGGUGAUCUGGUACGAGGACCACAAGCACCGCUGCCCCUACGAGCCCCACCUCGUCGAGCUGGACCCCACCUUCGGCCUGUACACCACGGCCGUGUGGCAGUGCGAAGCCGGCCACCGCUACUUCCAGGACCUGCACUCACCCCUGAAGCCGCUCAGCGACUCGGACCCCGACAGUGAUAAAGUGGGCAAUGGCCUGGCGGCUGGCAGCUCCGACUCGUCCAGCUCAGGCUCAGGCUCCGACUCUGAGGACCCCCCUGAGAGCCAACCGGUCAAGGCCACAGCGGCGGCGGCAGCAGCGGUGACCCCCACCAGCCCAGUGGGCAGCAGCGGGCUCAUCACUCAGGAGGGCGUGCACAUCCCCUUCGACGUCCACCACGUGGAGAGCCUGGCCGAGCAGGGUGCCCCGCUGUGCCCCAACCCUGCAGGCAGUGGGCCCGAAGCCCUGGAGACCGUGGUGUGUGUGCCGGUGCCCGUGCAAGUGGGCGCGGGCCCUGGCGCCCUCUUUGAGAACGUGCCCCAGGAGGCGCUGGGCGAGGUGGUGGCCAGCUGCCCCAUGCCAGGCAUGGUGCCCGGCUCCCAGGUGAUCAUCAUCGCCGGCCCCGGCUAUGACGCCCUCACGGCCGAGGGCAUCCAUCUCAACGUGGCGGCGGGCAGUGGCACUGGCGGCGGCCUGGGCGAGGAGGUGCCCUGCGCCAUGAUGGAGGGCGUGGCAGCUUACACCCAGACCGAGCCCGAGGGCAGCCAGCCCGGCACCAUGGACGCCACCACCAUAGCGUGCAUCGAGACCAAGAAAGAGAAGGAGGACCCGUACGUGCUCAAGAAGGAGGAGAAGGAGGAGCCGGUGGCCCCAGAGCUGGCAGAGCUGGCAGCAACGGUGCCCGAGGGCACGGAGCCCGAGGCAGAGGCGGACGGGGAGGAGCUGGACGGCAGCGACAUGUCUGCCAUCAUCUACGAGAUCCCCAAGGAGCCUGAGAAGAGGCGGCGGAGCAAGCGGUCACGGGUGAUGGACGCCGACGGCCUGCUGGAGAUGUUCCACUGCCCGUACGAGGGCUGCAGCCAGGUGUACGUGGCCCUCAGCAGCUUCCAGAACCAUGUCAACCUUGUGCAUCGCAAAGGGAAGACCAAAGUGUGCCCUCACCCCGGCUGCGGCAAGAAGUUCUACUUGUCCAACCACCUGCGGCGGCACAUGAUCAUCCAUUCAGGUGUCCGUGAGUUCACCUGCGAGACCUGCGGCAAGUCCUUCAAGAGGAAGAACCACCUGGAGGUGCACCGGCGCACGCACACGGGCGAGACGCCCCUGCAGUGCGAGAUCUGCGGCUACCAGUGCAGGCAGCGCGCGUCGCUCAACUGGCACAUGAAGAAGCACACGGCCGAGGUGCAGUACAACUUCACGUGCGAGCGCUGCGGGAAGCGCUUCGAGAAGCUGGACAGCGUCAAGUUCCACACGCUGAAAAGCCACCCAGACCACAAGGCCACCUGAGCCACUAGACCACUGACCGCCCCUAUUUAUUCGUCCAUUGGGACACCACGCCAGGGCCUGCCCGAGCCCGGACCGCUGCGGGGGCCGCCCGGACCGCAGGCCGGAAGAAGGCACCCCUGCCCUGCCCGACCCCAGGGCUGGGUCCCGUGGGCAGGUCCCCCAGCCUGCCCUACCCUGGAGCUGGCGCCUGGGGCUGCAUUGCUGGAACUGUUUCAAGGGAACAGAGCGAGAUUAAAGAGUGAGAAAGGAGA